GCCGUCAUGAUUGGCAGAUAGCCGUCCAGGCAUCCGACGAUCGACCUGCAUUCAUCCCACCUGCAGGGGCAAACCGCCGCCAUGCACACCGGCGUGCGGGGAUGACAACAGCAUCUGAAACCACACAAUAGAGUUCGAGGAGGGGUCACUUUAUAGUCAGCUUCCCCGCUGCUGCUGGGUGUCUAAUUCCUCACCCGAAGCAACCACAUCGAUUAUCAUGGCGCUGGAUUUCACGACCUUUUAUAAUGUCAUCGACAACGAGCUGAUACUGACGGCGCAAACCCGCCAUGGUAUCAACCCCGCCACCGGGCAGCCCAACCCCGAGGUGCCUCUGUCGACGGCCGAGGAUCUGGACCGAGCAGUCGCUGCGGCCACUCGGGCGUUCCGCAACUGGUCACGGACCUCGUUUGAUGACCGCCGGGCUGCCGUACAUGCCUUUGCCGAUCGUGUCGAGGCCAACAAAGAGGCAUUGGCGGCGCUGCUGACCCGGGAACAGGGCAAGCCGCUGAACCAGGCCACGACCGAGGUGGCCAUGGCUCUGCAAUGGGCGCGAGGGCUCAGUAGCCUCACCCUCCCCGAGACUAUCCUGGAGGAGACCGAGGACCUGCAGGUCAUCCAGCGAUAUACUCCAAUUGGGGUCUGCGCUGCGAUUGUGCCCUGGAAUUACCCAUUGCUGCUGGCUGUCGGCAAGAUGGUUGCUGCUGUCUAUACGGGCAACACGGUCAUCGUCAAGCCUUCCCCGUAUACCCCGUACUGUGAUCUGAAACUCGCUGAACUCGCAAUUCAAUGCUUCCCUCCAGGCGUGGUGCAGGCGCUCAGCGGAGAUGAUGACCUGGGACCGAUGAUCACGGAGCACCCGGGCAUUCAUAAGAUCAGCUUCACGGGGUCAACUGCCACCGGCCGCCGGGUCAUGGCAAGUUGCGCCAAGUCCCUGAAGAAGCUGACUCUGGAGCUUGGGGGGAAUGACCCGGCGAUUAUCUGUGAGGAUGUGGAUCUGGAUGUCGUGGUUCCCAAGGUGGCCAUUCUUUGUUUCCUGUGUUGUAGCCAGAUCUGCAUGAUGAUCAAGCGGCUUUAUGUGCACGAGAAGAUCUACGACGAGUUCCGCGACAAGCUGGUCCAAAUCGUCCAAGCGCUUAAAAUGGGCGACGGCGCCGAACCGGAUGUAUUCUUUGGACCUGUGCAAAACCGCAUGCAGUUUGACAAAGCCACCGAUCUCCUUGACGACAUUACGAGCAAUGGUCUCAACGCCAUCGCCAGUCAUGUCGUCCCCAACUCCUCUGGCUUCUUCAUCACGCCUACCAUUGUCGACAACCCUCCUGACACCUCUCGGGUCGUUCGGGAAGAGCCUUUCGCCCCGAUCCUGCCCAUCCUUAAGUGGUCCGAUGAGGCGGACGUGCUGACGCGCGCCAAUGACACCGAGUAUGGGCUGGGGGCGUCUGUAUGGAGUCGCGACCUCCAACGCGCCCGGCGCUUGGCCGACCAGCUCGAGGCAGGAUCAGUGUUUAUCAACACACACUUCGAAUGUGCCCCGUUUGCGCCCUUUGGCGGAUACAAGAUGAGCGGCAUGGGAACGGAACUGGGGGUGAAUGGCCUCAUCGGGAAUUGCAAUUCGCAGACCCUAUGGAUCCGAAAGGGCUAAUCCAUAUACUUAAUCUGUCAC